GUUCUCCAACGGGUGGGUUACAAAUACGAAUACUAUGAGACCGUGAUUCUCUUCUCCAAAUCAGAGGACGAGGACGAGAUUUCUGAAGCGGCUGAAUACGUCAGAAAACACUUGAAAAUUCCUAUCACCGUGGUGGCACUCGGUGGAAACACCCGUCCAUGGCGAGACUUUCCAGCAGUAUCGGUUUUUGCUGUGGACGUAGAUGAAAUAUGCCAUUCGUCUCAUCUGGACUACUGUAUCGCGGAAAGGAGUUGUGCAAUUUCCCACGAAUGCGAUCCAGGUGAGGAGCAUCACUCUUCCACGAAAGCAUUCACCACUCAAAAGAAGCAUCUGACCACAACGACCACGAAGAAAGUCAUAACCCGUCCAACUGCGCAGCAGACAACGACAAAGGCGUCCACGAUAGCAAGAGCGACUUCAAAGGCUGCGACCGACUAUCCAUCUGAUCCGACGAUGCCCACGAGCAUCCCAAACGUGGAGGGUUCACCAUGCGCUUGCAACUACUCAACCUCAUGGAAUGACGUCAUGUUUGUUUUUGAAUCAACAGAAUCCACAACUAUGAAUGGGCUUCAAGAGAUGCUGGCACAUGUGCAAUCGAAUCUUUACAAAUUCAAUAUUCUACCGUAUCCGUCUAGCAAUCAGCUGAGCACGCGAAUCGGAGUGGUGGUCUACGGAUUGACAGCACACCUUUAUGCUCCUUUGGGAUCAUUGACACGGGAUCAAUUUCUCGACAUCAAAACCCUACCGUAUUACGGAGGUGAAAUAGCGAAUUUAGAAGAUGCCCUUCGAAUGGCUGCACUUCAAUUCCAGACAGAAAUGGAUCGAUCCAAUUCUAGAAAUGUCAUUGUGCUCUCAGCCACCUCCUAUAGUGCCGGUGGAGUGUUCAACCCGAAACAAGUGGCAGACCAGUUCAAGGAGGACAACGGAGUGCUGGUAGUCUACAAUUACGUAGAAGAGCACGGUUUUCCUGAAUCCAAUUUGGAGACCAUCGCCUCACCAGGAUACUUCCUUUCCACUUUGACUGACCUAGAAGGGGACGGAAUCAGCCAAGCGCUGUGCAGCGGCUGCUAUUCGGUCAAGCAAGCCGAAGCCACUUACACGCUAGCGGCUAGUCGUUGCAGAACAGAGGGAGGUGUGGUCGCACUUGCCAAGACUCGAAAUCAAACAGAUUACCUCAAU